AUGUCGGUGGCGGGGUUCAUGGCCCCUGUGUGGGGCCCGCGCCUGCAGUACGCGGGCGAGGCCGUGCGCCGCGCGGCGGUGGACCUCGCGCUGGCCCGGGCGGCCGCGGGAGACGAGGGCGCCAUCUGCGUGCUCGGCCGGCUCGCCGCGCACAGGGACCCCUCCCUGAGGGACCUGGCCGCCUCCGCGCUGGCCCGGCUCCGGGCGGGCGCGGAGGACGCGGCCUCCUGGCCGCCGCCCUCUGCGCCGCAGGUCCAGGUCCAGCACCCUCACGACUACAGGCCGUGCGGCUCGCUGCUGCAGGCCGCGUGCGACCAGUGCCGCGCGCCCGUCUCCACGCCGGGCGGUCCGGGCCACGAGUGCCGCCUCUGCCGCCGCGUGGUCUGUGCCUCGUGCACCGCGGCGGCCCUCUGCGAGACGCGGGCCCUGCUGGCGGCAGGCCGGGCUGGCGGCGGCGGCGGCCGCACCGAGCCUGCGGAGGCGGCCCGGGGCCAGCCAGGGGAUGAGACGCCCGAGCCGCUGGCGGCCCUGGUCACGAUCACCCCGCAGGGGGGCGGCUACCUGGUGGACGUGCAGAGGGCGGAGGGCGUGGGGGCGCUGCUGUCUCCGAGGGCCGCCAGCGGCAUCGCCGCGCACGCGGAGUACGGCCGCGGCGCAGACGCGUUCGCCCUGCUGGAGCUGGACGACGGCAGCUCGCUGUGCAUGGAGCUGGUCGGCGGCCGGCUCGAGUGCAUGGCGGGCGUCGGCAGCACGUUCCACGCUUACGCCGCCCUCUUCCGCGCAUCUGGGGGUGAGCGGAGGGAGACCAGAGGCAGGCCGAUCACAAUUCAGCAGAGGGUCGAGGUCGGCCGCGCGGGUCGGAGGAGGGUGUCGGAUCUGGCCGCGUGGGUACAUGGCACGCUCAUGACGAACUUGUUGACCUACGCCCUGGCGGACGAGAGCAGCAGGGCCUUCCUUGCAGACCUCAGGCGAUUCGUUGUCCGCGGGCCGUCCGCGGCGCCCACGGCCACGGACGGAAGCCAGGUCGGUGCGCUGGAGCAGUGCCUGAGCAACCCUUACGAGGGCGUCCGGAUCAAGGCGCUUCGGGCUCUCGCCGGCCACGCCGGAGAGAGCGGCCAGCGGGUAGCCGCCCUGGCCCUCUCUCGGCUGGGGGACCCCGUCGGCGCCGUCCGCUCCGCCGCCAUUGACACGCUGGUGCAGUCGGCGGACGGCCUCGGCAGCGGCGGCGCCGCCGCGCGGAGGGCCCUGGCGGCCUGCAUAGGCGACGCGGACGCGCAGGUCGGGCAGGCCGCGGCAGGUGCGCUGAGCCGCCUGGUCGAGCGGGGAGAUCCGCAGGUCGCCGCCGCAGUGUCGGCACACACGCGGCACGGGGACUGGCGGGUCCGCCGGCUGGCCCUGCAGACGCUGGCGCGCGUGGCCCGUCCAGGCUGUCCAGCCGCGGCCUCCUCCGUCCACGCCCGCCUCGACGACGACGAGUGGCCGGUCCGGCAGGCCGCGCUGCAGGCGCUCGCGGAGCUGGCGUGCAGGGGCGACGUGGACGUCGUCAGGGCGGUCUGCGCCGGCCUCGAGGACGGUGAGGCGGACGUCCGCGCCGCCGCGCAGGAUGCCCUGGAGAGCGUGGCCGCGAGGGGCGACCCCUUCGCGAUCGCAGAGGUCGCGGCGCGCCUCGCCCACCCAGAGGCGGCCGUCCGCGCCGCUGGCGCGGGGGCGCUCGCGCGAGUCGCGGCCCGCGGUGACGGCCGCGCGGUCGCGGAGGUGGCUGGGUGCCUCAGGCACGGCUCGCCCGAGGUCCGCGAGGGCGCCGCCGCGGCCCUGGCGCAGGCCGCCCGGCCAGGGGACCGGCGCGCGCUCGCGGCGCUCGCGGCGUGCUGCGAGGGCGACGCGGAGCCGCGGGUGCGGGCCGAGGCGCUGCGCGCCAUGUCGCAGUUGGGCAGCGACGGGGCCGCGGGCGGCCUCGUCGUGGCCGCGGCCGCCGCCCGCCUGGAGGACGGCAGCCCGCAGGUGCGGCAGGCGGCCCAGGCGGCCCUGCGGCACGCCGCCACGCGCGACGGCGAGCGCGUGGUCGCCGCCGUGGGCCGCCUGCUCGAGCACGGGCGCGGGCCCGUGCGGGACGCGGCCGUGGGCGCGCUGGCCGCGCUGGCGCCCGAGAACGAGGACCUGGCCGUCGAUGCGGUGCUCGCCCGCACCACCCACGGCGACAGCGAGAUCCGGCAGGCGGCAGUGGACGCGCUGCCGCUCGUGGCGGCGAAGGCCAGCAGGCGCGUCGCAGCGAGGCUCGCCGCCGAUCUCGAGGGCGCAGUCGGUGCCAGGAAGGAGGCGAUGCUGAACGCCCUGGGGCGGGCCGCGACUACCGGUGACGACGCCGUCAUUGCGGCGGUGCAGGCGUGUCUGGGCGACUCCGACUGGAAGGUUCGUCGGGCGGCCGUGGGCGCGCUGGGCUUCGUGGCCGGCGGCGCGGCGGUGCCCGCGGCGGCGGCCCUGCUGCAGGACGGGCGCGCCGAGGUGCGCCGGGCGGCGGCCCGGGCUCUGACCAGGCUGUACGACAUGGGCAGCGAGGAGGGCGUCGUGGAGCCCAGCCCGUCCUCCAAGCCCGCCCCGGAGCCGGCGGCGGCCAGGGCUCUGGCCGGGCUGUGGGGCAUGGGCAGCGAGGAGGGCGUCGUGGAGCCCACCGCGUCCUCCAAGUGCGCCCUCUGA